AUCACCCCCCGCGACCUCCACAGCGCCGCGGCUUGGCCACGCCCACCGCGCUCGGCCACGCCCCCGGAGCGCGGGAGCGGCGCGGUCCGCAGCAGCAUGCGGCUCUCGGUCCUGCUGAGCGCGGCGCGGCCGCGGCUGCCCCCGGGCUACCGGCACGGCACGUGGCCCCCCGACUCCAUGGCCGCCCGGCUCCGCAACCCCCCGGGGCAGCGCCGCCGCAAGGUCUUCGUGGAGCCCGUCGCCAAGGACGACUGGAAGGUGUUCAAGGGUGACACGGUGCAGCUGCUGGCCGGGAAGGACGCGGGCAGGCAGGGCAUGGUCACCCAGGUGGUGCGAGACCGCAACUGGGUGGUGGUGGAAGGACUGAACACGCACUAUCGCUACGUCAACCGCACGGCCAAGUACUCGGGGACCUACGUCGCCAGCGAGGCGCCGCUGCUGCUCAGCCAGAUCUGCCUGGUGGACCCCGAGGACCGGAAGCCGACGGAGGUGGAGUGGAGGUACACGGAGGAGGGCGAGCGCGUGCGCGUGUCGCUGCGCAGCGGCCGCAUCCUGCCCGUGCCCCCGCAGCCACGCAAGGAUGGCAUCGUCCCCGAGCAGUGGAUCGAUGGCCCCAAGGACACGUCGAAGGAGGACGCGCUGGCCAAGACGUACCGGCCGUCGCUGAAGACCUUCGAGGAGGAGAUCAUGGAUGCCAUGGGCAUCGUGGAGACACGGCGGGCCAAGAAAUCCUACUGGUAUUAACUGGGGGAGCUGGGAGCCCCCCGAGCCGGGCUCUGCAAUAAACACCCCCUGGAUUUGC